GUGGUUUCCACCUGUGGGAAGGGAACACUUGAUCUCAUACAGUCCUGCACCUGUAACAAGUGGCAUUUCUCCCUCGCCUGCUGAACAGAAAACAUUGGGUUGCAAAGCUAAAUGAUCAGGUUUUGCGCUCCUGCAGAUUUGUUUGCGGCACCCGAGGACACUUGGAAACUAUCUUGAUUUUUUCCUCUUGCUUUAAAGGUAAUCGGAUUAGUCCAGUUUGUAACCUGCUGAGUUGGUGUAACCUGGAAGACCGCACAUUGACCAGCCCCCCUGAAAGAUGACUCAUAUCUAGAAUGGCACAAGUCACAGCUUUGCUUACUUACCUCAAGUCAAUGACGCGUGUUCAGACAUUCAUUGCUAUGGUUCUUUUUGCCUCUUUAUUUCUGAUCUUCUUCCUCAUGACUGUCCCGGUGGAUACCAUCCACAGUUUACGGAGUGUAAGAACACAAUUUUCCAAACAGAAGGACAUUACCAGGAAAGAUCAUUUACACAAUGUAUCAGUUUCAGCUGGCUUCAGACAGGCCAUCCCUGAAAGUAGAGCUUACUGGAACCGUUUACUGUACUCAUCCCUGGUGAAUCUGGAUAAGGGAGGAAACCCCUUCAAUCGACGCUCUAACUGGUCUAACUGCAGGAUGACAAAUCAAGAGUUUCUGCAAAUCAACAUGCAUGACUUCAACUCCUACCCUGCCCGAUUUCGGGAUUUUUUGGAGGGGAUGAACUGCAGGACUGCCCCAAUUCUGAUUGAUCAGCCCAACAAAUGUGCUUUUGGUAAAAGGGAAACAGAGAGCCACACCUUGUUGCUUUUUGCCAUCAAGUCAUCUCCGAGAAACUUUGAGCGGAGGCAGGCGGUGCGAGAGACGUGGGGUCAAGAGAUGGUGUAUCCAAAUGGACUCAAAGUGCGUAUGGUGUUCCUCCUGGGCAGCUCCCCACCGCAAGAUCCUGACCUGAGCCCACUGCUGUCAUUUGAAGCAAAACACUAUGGCGAUAUCCUGCAGUGGGACUUCCAUGAAACAUUUCUAAACCUGACGCUCAAAAUGAACAUGUUGCUCGACUGGACAUUGAAAAACUGUCCUCAUGUCUCCUUUGUCUUUAGUGGGGAUGAUGAUGUAUUUGUCAACACCCCAGCACUGGCCAGGUACAUAGAGUCUCUUGAGGCUUCUAAAGUAUCUAGUUUGUAUGCUGGUCAUGUUAUAAGUGUUGGAAGUCCCCUCAGGGACUCAAAAAGCAAAUACUACAUCCCUAUGAGCUUCUACGAUGGCCCAUACCCUCCUUAUGCUGGUGGAGGUGGCUAUCUUAUGUCUGGAGCUUUGCUGGAAUCCCUCUAUUCAGUUUUACACGUAAUUCCUUUCUUCCCCAUUGAUGAUGCUUACAUUGGGAUGUGUUUCAUGGCUUUAGGGAUUUCUCCCGAAGCACACUCAGGAUUUCAGACAUUUGAUAUCAGAGCAGAAGAUCGUGAGGAUCUCUGUGCAUAUAAAAACCUUAUUCUGGUUCACCAGCGGUCCCCACAGGAGAUAAAAAAUUUGUGGAAGGGGAUUAACAGCUCCUUGUUGGCUUGUUAAACUGGACCGGUUGUGAAGAUGUCAAAUAGUGACUGCACUUACAUAAUAAAACUUUGUGCUUUCACUAAUGUCCUAUUCAUGGUUUUGCACAAGGGAUUGAAAUUAAGGGGUUUUGAUAAUCUAUAGAACAUCUUGCAAGCAAAAAAAUGUAUUGUGAACAAAAUUAAGUUGCCAUAAAGCAGCUUGAUUUUGUUAACGAACUGGAUGUGAU